GAAGUGACAAAAAGAUGGAAGGGGAAGCCUCUUACUACUUGGGCUUAGCACACUUAGCUGCUGAGGAAUAUGAAACUGCAUUAACAGUCCUUGACACUUACUGUAAAAUCUCCACAGAACUGGAUGAUGAUCUCAGCCUGGGGAGAGCCUAUGAAGCCAUAGCCAAGGUCCUGCAGAGCCAAGGAAAUACGACAGAAGCAAUUAAAUACUUGAAAAAAUUUGUGAAAAUUGCAAGAAACAAUUUUCAAAGCCUAGAUUUUGUGAGAGCAAGUACAAUGCUUGGGGACAUCUACAAUGAAAAAGGACACUACAACAAAGCUUCUCAACGCUUUCAGCAAGCUUUUGACACAACAGUAGAGCUAAUGAGCAUGCCUCUGAUGGAUGAGACAAAAGUUCACUAUGGAAUAGCAAAAGCUCAUCAGAUGAUGCUUACAGUGAACAACUAUAUAGAGUCUGCAGAUCUCACCAGCCUCAACUACCUGCUGUCAUGGAAGGAGAGCAGAGGUGACAUUGAACCUGAUCCAGUUACUGAAGAGUUUCGAGGAUCCACGGUGGAAACUAUAUCUCAAAACUCAGAACAUUUGGAAGAACUCAGUAGAUUUCCAGGUGAUCAAAAAAAUGAAACUUAAAGCAGCUUUUCACUUAACAUCAAAGCGAGAAGAAAUCCAUCAUGUCACCUUAGACUUCAAUACUUGUAAUAGAAACAUGUUACAGACAAUAUAAAGUUAUAAAAAAAACUGACUGUGACUCUUUUCAUUGGA